CUUUAGCUUGCAAAGGCUCAAGUGAAGAUUUGGUUCUGCUCUGUCUGCGAGCCUGCCACCUAUCCCAGUUCCAGAAGGCAGGCUGCUUCAAAGGCUAUCACAGGGCAGAGCCCAGGCUGGAGACAAUGAGGGUGACCACCUUGAAAAGGACGUGUGCUGAGCCUUCCCGAGGAUGUAGACCUGAGCUACACAUGCAGAGCUGGUAUGGCAAAGCCUGCUGAUCUUGCUACUUUAUUUUAGAAGUUUGACAGUGGAGUGGGAAUAGGGGAGCAAAAUGUUCCUGUUAGGGUCCAGGAAAUGAGAGACAGCCUCUGUCAUUUUCCCUUUCAGAAAGGGUUCUAGAAUUUUACCUGUGGUCUUUUGUGACAUUGCCACCAGGUGGAAUGGUGUGUAGAAGAUAAAGGCAUUUCACCAUCCUAUUCCUCAUUUCAUCGGCUCUGAGCUCCAAGGAAGAUCCAUCAUUUCGUUACCAACAGAAAAGGGCGCCAUUACCAGAAGUGCCAAGACAACUAACCAAAGGCUGGCGUCAAGAUUAUGCUAAUUAACUCCAGGUCCCAGUCUCUUGUUGCCUGGUGACAAAGUUUCACAGCUGAGGAGAAGGAGCUGAGGCAAACAGGAGUAUAUCUUCUAGCUGUUUCAUGCGACUUACUCCUCAAACUGAUCACCUACCAAUCAGACAACAUACUUCAAACAUUCUCCCUCACUAAAAGAGAACAUGGCCAAGGGUGGGAAAGGCCCCAAGGGCAAGAAGAUCACCCUCAAUGUGGCCAAGAAUUGUAUCAAAAUCACAUUUGAUGGGAGAAAACGCCUUGACUUGAGCAAGAUGGGAAUUACCAACUUUCCCAAGUGUAUUCUGCGACUGAAUGAUAUAGAUGAGCUCGAUCUUAGCCGGAAUAUGAUCAGGAAGAUCCCUGACUCAAUCUCCAAGUUCCAGAAUCUACGGUGGCUGGACCUGCACAGCAACUACAUCGACAAGCUCCCCGAGUCCAUCGGCCAGAUGACUACUCUGCUCUACCUCAAUGUCAGCAACAACAGGCUGACCACCAACGGACUGCCUGUGGAGCUCAAUCAGCUCAAGAAUAUCCGCACUGUGAAUUUAGGCUUGAACCACCUGGACAGCGUGCCCACCACGCUGGGUGCUCUGAAGGAGCUCCAUGAGGUGGGGCUCCAUGACAACCUGCUGAACAGCAUCCCCAGUAGCAUCUCCAAGCUCCCCAAGCUGAAAAAGCUGAACACAAAGCGAAACCCCUUUCCCAAGGCGGAAGAGUCGAAUAUGUUCAUAGAAUCCAUCAAAAGGCUGGACAACUUGUAUCUAGUGGAGGAGAAGGAUCUGUGUGGGCCUUGCCUGAGAAAAUGCCAGCAGGCCCGGGACAGGCUGAACAGAAUGAAGAACAUGGCCACGACGACACCAAGAAAGGCCAUCUUUUCCAGUUUGGUCUCACCCAACUCCAUGGCCAAGGAGUCCCAGGAUGAGUGGAGGUGACCUGGGACCCUGACCCUGAGGCAGGAAGGGAAAAGGGAGGCAAGGAAGAUGGCAGUGGGCAGCAUCCAUAGGAAACUGAGGGAUUCCCUCAUCACUGCAAUAGCUCCUCCAGCGAAGCCUAUAAAAUACCUCUCCCUACUUC